UUCUGGCGUACAACAGAGGAGACAAGUGGCCGGGCACCGUAUAGGGCAACUCAUCUUUAAAUGUACGCAGGCACUGGUAGCAAGGGUUACUGAAGGUUCAGCAGCCACAGGAAACUGGCGUGGUUGGUCACUGAGUGGUACUGCCAAAAAAAAAGUCAGGCUGGAUCAUUCUUUAACUUCUGAAGGAGGGGAGGCGCUGGCUAGUGCUCUGCCUGGGCUGGAUUCGACUACGGUACCCUUCUUUUUAUUGUUGCUUUAGAAUUAUCCAAGGAAAUUGACUCUUGAUUGCGGAAGUGGAUGGGACAGCCCGAACAGACUUAGACUGGGUCAGAAUGGCAAUGUGGGGACUGCAAGACGUUGCCUUCUCUUCCCUUUUCUUAAAUUAUUCCCCUAAUCUGAUGGUUUUACCCCCACUUUCUUUACCUGCACACCCAUUCAGAAAGAAACUGCAAGGAUCCAGGUGCUAAAUAUUUUUUACUUGCUGUAGAAAAAUCUCCAUGUACUUGCUGCACAUCCUGCCGAAAUUUACCUGGGGGGGAAAAAAAAGUUGAUUUUCAUUAUUGGCAGUACGGAAUUUUCCUUAUUUUUGGAUAACCGGGAGCUCUGCAUGCAAGGGAUUUGCCAUGUAAAUUGUAAUCCCAGAAGGAUUAUUUAAAUAAGGUUGCCCGCAAUGCUGAGAUAUGCGUGUGGAUUGUCGUUGUGGAUUGUGCUGAACCUCGUUAAGGUGAGCACCCAGCACCCUACUCAGGAGACAAAUGCAAACUAUGUGGAACCUGUGAAAUGCUCCAUCAACAUCACUGAAGCAAACGUUUUUGCACAGUCCGUCUUCAUGAAAUGGAGCAGCCCAGGCAAUCCGUGUAACUUUAGCGUGACAUACAGCUCAGGCAACUUUUGGGAAACCUCUUGUGAUCCAGUUCAGAAGACCAAUGAUUCCUUUGAAUGCUUGAAGACUGGGCUCGAGGCAGGGAGUCUGUACGACAUUAGGAUUUUAGCUCUGCAGGAUGGAGAGAUGAAGAAUCUGUCUUUGCAAACAGAUCCCUUACCACCAUCACAAUUUGAAAUUAGAGAGAACACAGUCACGUCAACUAGUUUUCAAGUCUCCUGGACUCCUUCACCAGGCUCCGUAGACCAUUAUAAUGUCCACUUACUUGACAGCAAAAAAGAAAGUGUUCGAACAAUUAAAAUUCAUGGGAAUAUUUCCAGAAAAGAAGCCACGUUUGAUGGUCUGAUACCAGGCACCAGAUAUAGCAUCACUAUCACAGCCUUUUCAGGAAACAAAAGCACACCUACGAUACUAAUUAAUGGAUCCACUGUUCCAAGUCCAGUGAAAAGCAUUGAAGUCUCAAGUAAACCAGACAGUAUCUGGGCAAAGUGGACACCUGGCCCUGGAAACGUAGAACACUACAAGCUGAUGCUAUUGGACCAAGAGAAGCCAGUAGUGGACAUUAUCCUUGAAAAUCAUGUUACCUUGCAUACGAUACAUAGCCUUCUUCCAGGACAUAUCUACAACCUUACUGUAAUCACAGAGGCAGCAAACAGGAGGAGCGGAAAUUCUGUAACUGUGCAAACAGCACCUGAUAAAGUGUCAGACCUAUCUGUACAGAAUGAUGGAAGCUCCAAUACACUGAAGGUUCGAUGGAAAGCGCCACGAGGCAGAGUAGAUUUUUACAACGUCAUAUUAUCUGACCACGGGUUAGUAAAAUAUACCAGGACAGUGCACUCCGGGCCUACAGACGUCACUUUUACUGACCUAACUUCAGGACAUCUUUAUCAGGUCAAUGUUACCACUAUUGCUGGCAAAUUAAGCACAGACAGAAUGACAACUGGUAGAACUGUCCCAGAGAAAGUUUCAGACUUAAAGGCAACGAGUGAUGGUCCUCGAAAACUCAGAAUAAGUUGGCUACCCCCUGCUGGUGACUGGGAGAGAUACCGUGUUGUGUUAUACAAUCAGUCCAUUCCUUUGCUGAACACUACCAUAGAAAAACACCUUAAAGAAUUCGUUAUUCCAGAUACUGGGCUCAUUUCAGGGAGACUGUACGAAGUCGCUGUUGUGGUAGAAAGUGGAGGGUUGAAAAAUGCCGCACGUUGCAAUGGCAGAACAGCUCCUCAGUCUGUGCUGCAUCUCCGAGUGAAGCAUGCCAACGAGUCGUCUCUUAGCAUCAUGUGGGCGCCACCUUUUGCAGAAUGGGAUAGCUAUGUGGUUUCGCUCGCAGACAGAGAUCUUACAAUCAUUAACAAAGUAAUUGCCAAAGAGGCCAAGGAGUUUACUUUCAGCGACCUUGUGCCUGGGAGAACAUAUACUGCCACAGUUACAAGCAUGAGUGGUGAUUUGAGAAGUUCCACUUCUGUUGAAGGAAGAACAGUGCCAGCCCAGGUAACUACCCUUAAUGUGUCAAAUAUGGGGACCAGUACAAAAUUACAAACUGACUGGACAAGAGGCCGAGGCGAUGUGGACUCCUACCAAGUUCUGCUGAUCCACGAGAAUAUUGUCAUUAAAAAUGAGACUGUGUCCAGUAAAACCAAUAGGUACAAUUUCCACUCACUCAAACCAGGAGGACUAUAUUCCGUUGUGGUGACUCCUGUGAGUGGAGGCAUCUCAUCAAGACAGACCAUUGCAGAGGGAAGAACAGUUCCCUCCAGUGUAAGCGGAGUAACAGUCAAUAAUUUUGGGCAAAGCCGUCACCUCAGCAUUUCUUGGCUUCCAGCUGUUGGCGAUGUGGAUAGCUAUUUAGUAACGCUAACUCACGAUGGUAACCUGAUACAAAAAAAAGCAUUUCCCAAAACUACCACUGAAUGUUCCUUCAUCUCUCUCGAUCCCGGGCGACUCUACAAUGUCACAGUCAUCACAAAAAGUGGAGAGUUUGAGAACUACGCUUUCAGUCAAGAAUGGACAGUUCCUUCUGCUGUCGAGGGACUUGCUGUAAGCAAUGCAGCUCGAAGUGACUAUCUCAAGGUGUCCUGGCUGCACGCCACUGGGGACUUUGAUAACUACCAAGUGACCAUUAAAAACAAAAAUAAUUUCAUUGAAACCAAAAUAGUUACCAAAUCUGAAAACGAAUGUGUCUUUACAAACCUUGUGCCAGGAAGACUGUACAGUAUCACCAUUAGCACCAAGAGUGGGAAAUAUGAGACCAGCACCACGGCUAGCGGCAGAACUUUCCCUGAGAUUGUGAAGAAGCUCACGUUAGCUAGCAGAAGUAGUGAAGAACUGCAUGUCACCUGGUCAAGACCUGAUGGGGAUGUGGACCGCUACGAGAUUCAGCUCCUCUUCAAUGACAUGAAGGUUCUCCCACCCAUAACCCUGAGCAACACUGCUGGCGAAUACCGUUUCACCUCUCUUACUCCAGGCCGUCUUUACAAAAUUGUUGUCUUGACAUUUAGUGGAGACGCACAGAAGGCAACAUUUGUGGAAGGGUUGACAGUUCCCAGCGCUGUUAAGAAUAUCCAUAUCAACGCAAACGUGAUGAAAAACUGUUUCAAAGUAACUUGGACCCCAGGAGGAGGUGACGUGGAUUCCUACACUGUGACAGUGUUUCGCCAAAACUACCAGAUUGAAUCACAGACAAUAUCUAAGCAGGUCUAUGAACAUACCUUUUGCAGCUUGGACCCUGGACAGCAGUAUAAAGUGGUGGUACAGACAAACAGCGGGGGUUUACACAAAAACCUAACAGCCUUUGGACGAGCAUUCCCUGUUCCAGUCCCUAAAUUGUCUGUUGGUAGUGCUCACACCAGCCAUUUGUUGGUAGUCACCUGGGAAAGUGCAGAUGGUGUUGCAGACAGAUACGACAUCCUUCUUCUUACCGAUCAGGGGUCCCUUGUAAGCAACAAGUCUGUGCCUGCCACAUCCAAAACCCACAAGUUUGAAGAGUUAGUGCCUGGCAAAAAAUACAAAAUACGCGUCUUUACGGUCAGUGGAGGAUUGUUCAGCACAGCAAAAGAAGCGGAGGGGAGAACAGUCCCUGCUGCUGUAACUGAGCUAAAAAUCACAGGAAAUAGCACCGACAGCCUUUCAUUCUCAUGGAGCAGCUCAGAAGGAGAACUAGACUCCUAUGACAUAUUCCUCUAUAACCCAGACAACACUCUCCAAGACAGGAAGUCUGGGAACCAGGCUCUCCAACAUUGCUCAUUCCAAGGGUUACUGCCAGGUCGGCUGUACAAAAUGGUGAUAGUCACUCACAGCGGGCCACUUACCAACGAGUCCUCGAUCCAUGGAAGGACAGUCCCUGGCAAAGUUGGUCUUCUUCAAGCAUCAAACAAAAACAUACCAGACCGCCUGUGGUUCACAUGGACACCAUCUCUAGGAGAUGUGGACUUCAUUGAGCUGAUUCUCUAUAAUCCCAAUGGAACCCAGAAAGAGAAGAUUCACACAAAUGACUUGACAGAGCAGGAAUUCCAUAGCCUAAUUCCAGGUCGAAAGUACACACUGACUGUGAUAACACACAGUGGCGAUUUAUUUAACACAGCAACUGCUGUGGGAAGAACAGCUCCACAACCACCCAGCUCGGUAUCAUUUGCCGACGUGAAGAACACCUCAGCUUCAAUAACUUGGUUAGGACCUCCAGACUGGACAGAUUAUGAUGACUUUGAACUCCAGUGGACUCCCAAAGACCCACUGGUCGUACUAAACCCUUAUAAUGCUGUCAAGUCCAAGGGACGGAUCAUUACAGGCCUCCAUCCUGGGCGUCUUUAUAAUUUUAGUGUCAGAAGCAUCAGUGGCAACUUAGUUAAGACUUGGAGCGUACCUAUCUUCGAAACUGUGAGAACAAAACCUGACAAAAUUCUUCACUUGCAUUGCCGGCCUCAGAAUUCCACUGCUAUCUCCUGCACAUGGACCCCGCCAGACUCGGACUUUGAUGGUUAUAGUGUUGAGUGCAAAAAGAAUGGCACAAAUGAUAUAGAGUUCUCUAAAAGGAUUGAGAAAGACAAGUCAUUGAUCACAAUAAUGACUCUUGUUCCACACAAAGAAUACAUUGUUUCCAUCAAAGUCCAUUCGGCAGAUAUGACCAGUGAAGAGGUGAAGGCCAGCACCAUCACUAUGAUAGAUCGGCCUCCUAAACCCGCUCUGCAUUUCAGAGUGAACAAAAAAGAUACAUUCAUUAGCAAGUCAUCAAUCCAUUUCAGCUUUAACUGCAGUUGGUUCAGCGACACAUACGGAGCCAUCAAAUACUUCACUGUGAUUGUUUCAGAAGCAGAAGGCAUUGAAGACAAGCACCCAGAGUUAAGUCAUCCUUUGCCAUCUUAUGCUGAUUAUAAAACUAAUACUUCCAUCAAAACAUAUCAGACCAACUACUUUGCAAGCAGGUGUGCUGAAAACCCUGAUAUCAGUAUCCAGAGCUUCAAAAUUAAACUUGGAGGUGAAAUGGACACUUUGGGAGGAAAAUGUGAGCUACAGCAAAAUAAAUUCUGUGAUGGACCCUUGAAGCCUCGGACCUCCUACAGAAUUAGCAUCAGAGCCUUUACCCAGCUGUUUUCUGAAGACAUGCGUGAAUUUUCCGAACCUCUCUUUACGGAUACAUAUUUCUCUCUUCCAAUCACAACAGAAGCAGAACCGUUGGUUGGAGUGGUAGAAGGUAUCAGUGCGGGGUUAUUCCUGGUUGUUAUGCUGAUUGGUGUCACUUCUUUACUUAUCUGUCGACAUAAAUGUCGGAGAGAGAAUAACCAGGAUUCAAUGAAUGCGCAGUUGAGAGGGGAGAGAUCUUCAUCUGUACACCUAACAGUGGGACAUCGAGGAAACAGGAAAACGUCCAGCCCAAUCAAAACAAUCCAGUUUGAAGUGCAUUUCACCAAACUUCAAGCAGAUUCCAAUUAUUUGCUAUCUGAGGAAUACGAGGAUCUUAAAGAUAUUGGCCGAAACCAAUCUUUUGAUACAGCGCUUUUACCGGAGAACAGAGGAAAAAAUCGAUACAACAACAUAUUACCUUACGAUUCCACAAGAGUGAAACUUUCCAAUGUUGAUGACGAUCCAUGUUCAGAUUACAUCAAUGCCAGCUAUACUCCGGGAAAUAGUUUUCGCAGAGAAUAUAUUGCCACACAAGGACCACUUCCUGGAACAAAAGAUGAUUUUUGGAAAAUGGUGUGGGAGCAAAAUGUUCACAAUGUUGUGAUGGUGACUCAAUGUGUCGAAAAGGGAAGGGUAAAAUGUGACCAUUACUGGCCAUUUGACCAAGACUCGCUGUAUUACGGGGACCUCAUUGUGCAAAUGCUCUCAGAGUCUGUGCUGCCUGAAUGGACAAUAAGGGAAUUCAGAAUCUGCACUGAAGAUCAGCUGGACGCAGCCAGAGUGGUCCGUCAUUUCCACUAUACUGUGUGGCCUGACCAUGGGGUGCCGGAGACAACUCAGUCUUUGAUCCAGUUUGUGAGGACCGUCAGAGAUUACAUCAACAGAUCUCCUGGGACUGGACCCACCGCCGUACACUGCAGUGCUGGUGUUGGAAGAACAGGAACGUUUAUUGCAUUAGACAGAAUUCUCCAGCAGAUGGACACCAACGACUCCGUGGACAUUUAUGGAGCAGUGUAUGAUCUACGGCUUCACCGCGUUCACAUGGUUCAGACUGAGUGCCAGUAUCUAUAUUUGCACCAAUGUGUCAGGGAUGUCUUAAGAGCCAGGAAGUUGCGAAAUGAGCAGGACAACCCAUUGUUUCCAAUAUAUGAGAAUGUGAAUCCAGAGUACCACAGAGAUAACAUGUAUUCCCGACACUAAGAAUUUAUUGGAUAUGCUUCAAUCAAGUGCUUCUUUUAUAUCCCAGAGCGGUGGACGGGUGCAAGGCAUGUCGCACGUUCUUACAAAUGUAUUUGUCUGGUUAUUUUGCUAGGUAUAUGUAAUAUAAAUGUACAUUUAUUUCACAGAAUGUAUGUAAAUAUAUUUUAUUUCUAAAUUGUUAACCUUUAUAUUAUUUGAGAAGAGAUUUGUGGUAGAAACCUCUUGAGCGCCCAGGGAUUUGGACAAUGCAUUUCACAACCCUCUGGUAGCAUUAGACAUGUUUGGGAUACUCUAAAACCCCCAGUGCAGGUGAUUGUGAUAAAAAGGCAAAGUGACUGUGAAUUUUGCAGUGGGCCAACGUGAUCAACAAAUUUUCCUGAACACCUUGACAUUGCAUUGACAUAGUGUCCAAUCACAUUCGUAUGGAAGAGCACUUAAUUGUUUGUCAAACCGCAUUUGCCUAAGGAAAUUGUUUUUUAUAUAGUACAAGCAAGAAUAUAUUUUUUCGGUGAGUUAUGAGAGAGUGUACCUUUUAAACAUUCAUACAUUUAAAAUUCAAGUGCAAAUUUGUUUAAGGUCAUAUGGCAGUUUUUUAUCUUGUGACUUGCCUGCUUUUUAAUGAAAUUAUGUGCGUACUGUUUACUAAGCACCACCGUGCUAAUAGCUGUUGCUGUUUUUACAUUGUUUGGAGAUCAGAUCUAAAAUCCUGCAUAAUAUGUUAUGGGUGCAUCACACAUUUAAAAUACAUUGUUGCUGUUUCGUUCUGGUACCCAUAUUGCCUUAGGUGUGCAGCAUCGCCGAACUCCGUUGCAUUCAUUCUACCCUUUUAACGUAAAAGACAACCUUUACUUUCCAGGGUUAUUAUAUUAUAUUUACUUAUCCCCUAUGUGUUCGGGAAGUCUGGAAAAUAGAAUCAGAUAUACAAAUCCACACCAAUGAAUUUACCGCUGUGCUGGGAUGG